AUGCAGUCCUGUAAUCAAAGGUGGAACGACUGGGUCAACGCUGGGUUGCCUCUGGACGCGAGACACUCCUACAUGUGCAUGGGGUACGAUGGGUUCAUGAUGCCGUCAGACAAGACGCGGAGCAUGUACGGCAGUGGCGUGCAGGAUUACAUGAGCAGUUGCGCAACAAACCCGGUGCCCGUCUUUGGGCAGCCGUCGCUCAAGUCGAGGAGGAACAAAGCUGGUCCCAUCAUCUUUCCGAGGAGAAAGGCAGGAGAGCUCCAACGAGGAGCGAACCCUGUGCUGAUCACGCCCGAGCUCUUGGAGCAUUACUUCGACCUUCCUCUGCACAAGGCCGCCAAGCAUCUUGGCGUGUGUGCAACUGCGAUAAAAAAGGCGUGUAGAAAACUUGGGAUCAUGCGCUGGCCCUUCCGUGAGAGCCGGUGCUGCAACAAGGCGUGCAAGGACUCCCCUAUCGAGUCCCCCAGCGCCGACGUGCAUCCCACCGAAGAGAGCCAUGAUGAGGAGGAGCAAGCAGUGCAGAGCUUCAUCAUCAACGACGAGUCGACAGAGCAGGGCAAGGAACUGAUCGAGCAGCCCAAGGAGGCAGAGGUGUCCUGUGUGAAGGAGGAGAAUCUGGCCCACCAGAAGCUGGGGGCGUUCCUUCAGGCAUGGACGGACAUCAAGCCGGAUGAGUGGGUCGACACCAAGGACGAGAGCAGCCCGCUGACUUCCUCCAGCUCGGACUGCUACUCCUCCGAAGCCCCUGGGCUCGAGAUCUACGAGAUCCUCCCCGACGGAGGGUCGUCGUGGUCGCUGGACCAGGUGGACUUCGAGUUCCCGUUGCCGAUCUGGUAG